UAUACGGCCGAUUAAGCAUAAAAACAUGUGUAAGAUAGCCAAGUAGCCAGUCUCGCUUGAUACAUCUUAACGAACGAAGUCUUACUUGGUGUCAGUAAAAAUGGUGUCUAGGAUUAUGUGUAUCACAUUGUUAGUGGCUGUUGCAAGUGGUGCAACGUGGCGUGGCAAGCUUCCCCUAAAACCAGAACAUCUUUUACAUAAAGAAGGGUGUUAUGUGAAGGAGAUUGGUGACGUCAUCCCCUUCGGUGAAUCAGUGUCUCCUUUGGGCAUCUGCUACAGAAUUGAAUGUAGUCAGCGCGAAAUCAAUUAUUCUACGUGUGGCGGCAUCUCAGUAGUAGAUUCACCUAACUGCUAUACUACGGAUACAGAUCUAAGCCAGAGUUAUCCCAGCUGUUGUCCAGAUGUCAAAUGUGACUUUGACAAUAACCUUAUAUAGUCAGCAUGAGUUUACCCUGGUCGAAAGCACAUUCAAACAAGUACAAAAUAUGUGACCCAAUGAACUCGAUUGAAUUUUUGGUACUUCCAAAUAUGUGGGCAGAUAUGGACUCAUAGACUGACUGUUUGUACUGUUUGGGAGUUCAGAAGGACCAUUUUUGUAGCAGCUCAGUUGCAGCGAUAUUUUGCAAAUCUUCACAUUCGCCUUUUAAGUUGUCAGCUUGAUUACUAGCUAUGUUAUAGUACGUCGGUCUAGUCCAGUGUUUCCCAACGCGGGGCCCACUCCCCACAGGGGGGUAAUUUCAAUUGUUAAGCGGGGCUUUUCUAAAAUUAAUUAAAUUAUUUAGAAUUUCUAUUAUUUAUUAUGUUUUGAAAAUUUACUUACUGUGUUUCGAAAGGGUAUGGUGGGGCACAGCACAAAAAAGGUUGGGAAACACUGGUAUAGUCUUAUCUUAAUUUUUGCGAUAUUUAACGCUGUUUAGAAAUUAAUGAUAUUACAGCAGUGCUUACGUGCAGCACUAAGAAUUUCCUAUAUGGACGUACUUUGUAUUGGCAGUAAUCGAAAGUUAAAAUUAUAUGAUAUAUGUUGAGCUCCAAGGUGUUAUCGUUUAUUAUUAUUAAUGCACGAAUCCAGAGGAUUUCGCGAAACAAUAAUUGGUCCAGAUUGGUGGAACUUUUUGGACUUGUCAAUUAUUAUCUAUGUUUGUAUUCUGUUAUCGUUGCUUUUAAUAUGUCAAUCUGUGUUAGACCAGGAUUGCUCAAACCACCUCAACACCUCUCAAUUACUCAUUGAAGAUAAAUAAAAAUAUGUAGAGGAAAAAAUGGUAAAUUGUGAGAUUAAUUGAGAGACUAUCGAGAUUUUAUAAGUGUUAUUGAUAAGAGUUCCUUAGAAGAGUUAGAGAUACAUAGCUAUCGUCCGACUCAAGACGCUAUCUUGCCACCAAAUUAUUGUUAUUUAUUUUAUUAGUUGUAAAUUUAAGUGUAAUUGUGGCUUUGGAACACUUAUUCAAAAGCGUAUAUAUCAAUGUUUUGUCUUUAUCACACGCUAAUAAAUAAAAUAGACAAAAAUAUUACGUUGAUGAAUAAGUGUUUUGUUUAGAUGUAUUUUUUAGAUAUAAUAAAAUUUAUAAAUAUA